GCGGGGUCACGUGUCGGGGGUGUCAUGGCGGCCCCCGUGGAGGCGCGCCGGGCGCCGGAGGCGAAUCCUCGAAUCCUCCCAGCCUCUCUGGCAGAGGCGUUGUCCGUCGCCACUUGAAAGCUUCUCAGUCGCGACAGCAAAAUGCAUCAGUCGACAGGAUCUCUCUUGGGGGCAAUCAGAAGAGUGCACGCGGGGCUGUCUUCGUUUGGCCCCCCCAGCUGGAGAACGGCUAGGGGGAAAGCCUGCCCUUUGGCCCUCUCCGCCCGUGGACCCGCCUGCCGGAACUGGAUCCCCGGGGGACUCCCGCGGGACGAGCCCCUUAGGGCACCGGCUUGGUUUCUCGGGUAUCCGGGCCGGGCACCGUCCGUUCGGCUGAGAGGGGCCGAGGCGCUGCAGAAACGGGGCCUGAGGAUGGGAUCGCCCCGAUCGGAGGACCGACCGGUGAGUCCGAGCUCCACGUGCUCUCUCGGAUCAGAUGACGACGACGAACCGCGGGAGGCGACGGAUCCCCGAGGCCCGCCCUCUCCGGUCGAGGUUUCUCCCGGGAAGGAGAGGAGAUUCUCCCCCUCCGAGCCGGGCGUCUCUUUAAGGGAAUGCGGUUCCCUGGGUGCCGUGUUGGAUAACUUCGCGGCGUGCCCCACGUAUCCCAGUACCAAGUAUCUCCGAGCGAUGUGGAGGCUUGCCAAGGCAAUGCCGAAGGAGCAGAGCACCUCAGAGAGGCAGCAGAUGUACCGGCAUCCCGCUUUUAGCCAGCUGUGUCGGCACGUGAUGAGAGAAGCCCGGAAUUUGCCCUGCGAUAACGUGAUGUACAGUCUCCAUGCGCUGGUGAAGCUCCAGAUCCCCCAGAACGCUCACCUGAUUCAGACCUUGCUGAGAGCCGCUCAGGAACGCAUCAACGAGUGUGACGAGCGGUCUCUUUCGGUCUUAGCGGCUACUCUGGAGGUCAUGGAACCGAGCAAGAACGUGGAUGCCCUGCGUUCAGGAUUGCGGAUUCUGGUGGAUCAACAGAUCUGGUCCAUAGAACGCGUCUUAUCCCUGCAAACCAUGAUGAGGUGUAUUGGAAAAAACGCUCCUUUGUCUCUUAAAAAAAAAAUGGAGGAACGAAGUCUUCCUUGCAUCAACCCAUGUUUUCGGUGCCGUAACAGAGAGAUGAAAAUGCUGAUGGAAUUAGACAAGUUCACCAUCCAUAAUAGCCAACGCAUGUUCGGGGCUCUAGCGGCAAUGGAUCACCGUUCUCCCACCCUCUUGAAUAAGUGCAGCGAAAGGGUCACCGGUGAUAUCGAGAGCUGUUCUUUCCGGAUGAUGGCAGCGAUCCUGCAGGCCUGCAGAGAGCUCCGCUACUACAAUUUGGACCUGUUCACGGGGAUCGCAGAGCGUGUGGCCGCUACUUACGAAACCUGGAAAAUCACCCAGUUUCUCCCGUUUCUCUCGGUCUUCGAGUCCUUUGGCUUCCGACCUAUCAGUCUGAUGGACUUGAUCGCUGAGAAAGUGACGGCCAGGUCUGAACCCCUGAGCCUGAAAACUAUUCUUUUUCUCCUUCGCGUGUAUUCUUCUUCCAACCACUUCGACGAACGCCCCAACCAAGAGUUCCUGGAGGCCCUCAGCACCGCCCUGGACCCUCACCUCUCCGAGAUUUCUUGCAGCGACCUGCUGAAGGCAGUGUACUCGUUCUGCCUGUUGAGGCAUUUUCCCCCGGCCCCGUUAAAUCGACUUCUCCAAGAGGACGUCCUCACGGAGCUGAGCUCUUCAGGUGAUGAGAACAUGAAGAAUGAGCAUAGGCUUCAUGUUGUAAACACCUGCCUAGAACUGGAAAAUGUUUCCAUCGGCAAGCCCCCGGCCAUCUCUGGAAAGAAACCCCCGUCCCCGGUAUUGGAUAACGCCAGAGUGGAAGAGGCCCUGCAGAAGAUUUUGGUCGACGAGGGCUUGUUUCUUAAAAAUGUGCUGCUGCCUCCACAUGAUUACAACAUAGACUUCGCUAUCAGAAUGGAUGCAGACCGAAGGCAUGUGUUUCCGGUGACCGAGGCAGAUGUGCUGACAGAUGAUUCAGAUGUUCAGAGGGUUGCGCUGCUCUGUGUUCCGAGAUCUUCUUUCUGUCUGGGCACGACACACCCCCGAGGCAUCCUGGCCCUGAAGAUGAGGCAUAUCAAAUCGCUGGGCUAUCACGUGAUUGUGGUCAAUAACUGGGAGGUUGAAAACCUGAAAAUUGAAGACGCAGUCACCCUUUUGAAGACCAAAAUAUACUCGGCAGAAACUUUCCCCGCCGCUGAUGUGCAGGGGUAGAAAAAAUGGUCAAAUAAAAGGAGGCGCUUGAGUGUAUGAAGAAAAUCGAUCAUCCAUUUUAUGAACGUUACUGUGAGGAAAUCGCUAAGAUGGCGGGUAAUCUAUCGCAUAUCCAGUUGUCAAGGAAAUGAAUAAUGUAAGAAUUCUCAUGGACUGCUAGCAGUAGCAGUACGGCACCACUGAAAAUGGGGGAAAAUUUUCAGAGAGAAUAAUGUUGGUGUAAAAAAGAAAUUAUUGUGUUGGCCCGAAGUGUUUAAGUGAGAAUACAUUCUUUUUUUUUUUAUUCA